GAAGUAAAUUUUCUAAAAGUGUCGUGUUUCGUGCAUGUGUUGUUGGUCUUGUUAUGUUCAUUUAGUUAUAUUUUAAAAUUUUAUUAUGGCUAAAGUUCUUCAAAAACAUGCCGGUCGUGCUAAAGAGCGAAUUUUGCAAAAUUUGGGUAAAGCAGAUCGAACCACUGAUGAAGAUUUUGAUUUAUGUGUCAAGAACUUUAAUAAACAGCAAGCUGCUGUAUUAAGGUUGCAGAAAGAAUUCAAAAAUUAUCAUCAGUGUUUAAAAGCUAUGCAAGCAUCUCAGAAAAGUCUUAUGGAUACUGUGUGUGAACUGUAUGAACCUUGUUGGAUUGGUGUUGACAGAUUUCUAGUGAAAGCUGAGGAUCUUAACAAAAGUUUUGAUGAUUUUUGUGAGAAGAUAAAUAAUCAAGUUUUGAAUCCAGUUGCUGCAUACACAGUGCAAUUUCCAGAGUAUAGCAAUAAAAUUUCUAAAAGAAAUAGAAAGCUUCUGGAUUAUGACAACUCUCGGCAUAAUUUGCAAAAUCUUGAAACUAUGAGAAAACGUGAAGAAGCAAAAAUAUCGAAGGCCAAAGAACAACUUGAAGAUGCUCGUAGUCACUUUGAAGUUAUUAACACUGAAUUACAUGAUGAAUUGCCUGCAUUAUACGAUAGCCGUGUAUCCUUUUUUGUAUCUUACCUACAGUGCCUAUACUUAGCUGAGGCCCAGUGGCAUGGUCAAGCAUCAGAAUUGCUCAUUGACAUCAAUUCCAUUUUGGAAUCUCUUGAUGAAGACAGCAAAAAAGAUCCAUGUUAUAAACUCAAAAACAUGGUAAAAGAAUCUCAAGCGCAUGAACAAGAAAAAGAUUGUGAAGAUUCAAAAAGUCCUCCUCAUACUCCUCUUUUCUCACCAGAGAAAGAAUGUGAUGGAUCUUCAUCUGGAUCUGCAUCUGGUAGUGCUGUAUUUUCAACUCCUCCAACUACAGCAGACAGAAAUUUACGUCCUAAUAUGACAUCUGACACAAAAGCUGUGGAAGUUCUAGUUGAGGAAGAUAAGUUGGCUGGUGGCGAUACUCUUCAAGCACAUUCACGUUUUUUGUAUAAGGUUAAAGGAACUUACAAGUAUGUUGCUGAAGAUCUUGAUGAAUUGUCAUUUAAUGUUGGUGAUAUAAUAGAUGUUAUAUCUUAUGAUGAUCCAGAUGAACAAGAGGAAGGAUGGCUUAUGGGUGUUUUCGAAGGAAAAAAAGGCUUAUUUCCUGCCAAUUUUACAUCACGUAUUUAGAUUUAGUAUUCAGAGAAGCUAUAUAUAUAUAAAUAUAUAUAUAAUAUGCCUUGUGAUAUUUUUAAAAAGCCAUUCCAUGCUUCAUGGAUCUGUUAGUGUAACAAAUAUUAAUUUAUCUUACAGAGCUUCUAAUCCUCCAAACUGUGUAGCCCAUGUUAUGUCAUUCAACAUUUCGUACAAUUGCUCCAACUGCUUUAUAAAUUGCGUAUAGUAUUUUUAAAAUCGAAAAUUACUACCAGUUCAUCUCUUAAUGCAUUUAAGUAGAGCAGAUUAGUUUUUCUAAUAAUGAUUACUAUUCAGAACAAUUUUUAAAUGCAUUACAAAUGACUAGUUAGAGCAAUAUUAAAGCUACGCAAAUCUAACUAUAUUGAUUUAUCUUUUUUAUUUCAUUAAAUUUGAACAAUAAUUUUGCAUAAUUUAGAUAAAAUCAUGCUUAAUCUAUGCAUAACAUUUAUUGGAACUUGUACCAGAUAACUGGUUCUGUUGCAUGCAUUGUUUCCUUGGAAAAAAAAUUCCAUAUGGUUGUUAUUGUAGCUGAUUUAUUUAUAUAUAUUUUUUAUUUAUAUUAUUAUUUUUCUUUCUUUUUUGAAAUUAUUUUACUUGGGAUUAGUAGUUAUAAUUCCAAGUUAUAAUCACUCCCGUUAUAAUCAUUCCCAUUAGUUAUAAUCACUAUAUAAAUAAUUUUAUGCAAUUUUGUGUACAUGCAAAAACUUCACAUAAUGUGUGAAUGUUUCUUGUGUUUACCAUUCAAAGUUCCAAAGAAUUUUUAUUUGAUGUAUUCAUAGUAAAUUCAGCCACCAAAUAUAGUGCCUUAAAAUCUUUAAUAUUUGUUGAAUACAUUAGUUUUUAAAAUGUUCAUCAGUGUAUCAUAAAUGUAUAUUUUUACAUUUGAAUAAACUUUAACU